AACGGCUGGCCCUCAGUGUCCCCCUGGCGCCCGCCCAGUGAGCACGUGACACCCGCCUGCACCGCCUGCAGACUGUCCUCCGCGCCCCAGGGAUACUUGGUCUUCGUGGCCGGCGCUUACACGCCUCCCGCACCACGCCUGUGUCCUUGUCCUUCACUCCCCGGUGCGCCCUGCAGCAGGGCACCUGUUUGGGGCAGUGUCCGGCGCCUCGUUGGCAGUGUGCCAUCUGCAGCAGCAGCAGCAGCAACAGUAGCAACAGCAACAGUAACACCUGGAGCAGUGGUGCCCAGCCUGGCCUUUCAGCCCCUCAUGGUGUGCCGCGCCUCGCCGCCAACCCUCGCCCGUGCUCUUGUGUAGCAGGAGCCGCGGCGUAAGCGAGGAGGCGGCGUGAGCAGCGUGGCAGCGGCGGCGGCGGCGACCUCAACUCUGCGGCGGCCGGCGUGAGCCCCGCCCCGCCCCGCCUCGCCUCAGCUUGCACGGGGCGCGUCACUGCCCAGAGGGCGGAGGACGCCCCGAAUUGAUGUCCAGGGGCCCUGAUAUGAAGGAGGGCCACCUUCGCUCCGCCGGCCGUCCCUGACGCCGGCUCUGCCCCGCCGCCCCUCCCCGCAUGAUCCCGGGGCCGCAGGUUGUUUGGCCCAGCCGCCCUGGCCGCGGCCUACCCCCGACAUCACCCUCCUGUACCCGUGUUGACUCUAGGCUCAUGCUGUAGGCCUCGAGGCCCUGCUGAGCCCAACCGGCCGCGGCGCCGAGCAGCUGUGCCCGCCGCCAGCCACCUGCCACACCCACACACCGACUACAGCCCAGCUACGCAUCCCCAACGCAGCCUCUCCUUGGCUAGACAGACCCGCGGGCCACAGGUGACCGCCGGGAUGGGGAGUGCCACGCCCCGCCCCGCCCCCCGUCUUCUGCUGCAGCUCGGGGCGGCCCUACUACUCUUCACCUCAGGAGGAGCGGAACGUGCAUCUUCGCCGCACUCCAACAGAGUGCACAGCUUCGAGCCUCAGUUUUUGGAGCCCCUGCAGAACGUUACGGUGACGGAGGGACGCGAGGCCACCUUCACCUGUGUUGUAGAUCACCUGGGAGGAUACAGGGGCCAGUGGGUCGGGGUAGCGUGGAUCAAGGCGGACACGAAGGCGAUCCUGGCCAUCCACAACCGGGUCAUCACUCACAACAACCGCAUGAACGUCAUCCACUCAGACCACAAGACCUGGGAACUCAAGAUCAAGGAUGUGAGGCGCAAUGAUUCUGGAGAGUACAUGUGCCAGAUCAACACUGACCCCAUGAAACACCAGGUAGUCGGGCAUCUCAACGUGGUGAUUCCCCCGGACAUCAUCGCCGAGGAGAGCUCCGGGGACGUGAUGGUGUCAGAGGGCAACACGGUGAGAUUGGUGUGUCGCGCCCGAGGGUACCCAGAGCCCCGCGUGGAGUGGCGGAGAGAGGACGGCCGCAAGAUUGCACUCCGCCCAGCUGGACAGUCUAAGAAUGAAGUCCAAACGUGGGAGGGGUCGGAGUUGAUACUGGAGCGAGUGACGAGAGAUGACAUGGGAGCGUACCUUUGUAUUGCUUCUAAUGAGAUACCACCGGCCGUCAGCAAACGUAUGGUGGUCCAGGUGCAUUUUCACCCAGUGGUCCGCAUUCCCAACCAGCUGGUGGGGGCGCCGGUGGGGACCAAUGUGACCCUGGAGUGCGAGGUAGAGGCGAGUCCCAAGUCCAUCAACUUCUGGACCAAAAUAAUGGACGAGCAAGGCCCUCAAAUCGUGGACAGCCGGCGGUACGUGAACAAGGAGAUCGAGGUGAACCAGUACACGCUGAAGAUGCACCUCACCAUUCUCGACCUGGAGGAGGACGACUUCACCCACUACAGCUGCACCGCCAAGAACUCGCUCGGGGAGGUGAAGGGAAAGAUCAAACUGUACGAGAUUCCCCUGCCCAAGCCGCUCACCACGCCCCAGGAGGUUAUGGUGGGCACAGUGGGCGGUGAGGACGACAACCUCAUCCCCCACACGCGCCACGACCAGCUCAUUCCCCUCACGGAAGACAAGCAGGCGGCCUCACCUCGCCAAGGAAAGCCCUCCGCGACGCGACCCCCGCCUCCAUCACGCCCCAGGAACACCCACGCCGUGCCAUACUCCCCAGAGCAACCCCGGGGAGACAGGGGGACAGGUGCAGGCGCGGCGACUCCUCUCCUGGGUCUCCUCCUCGCUGCCCUGUUGGUGGUGAUAGUUGUGCCCCGGGUCUCGUGGUACCGGGGUCUGUGGUGAGGUUGUGGGGCUGCCCUGUUCGCUCAAGCCGCCCCAUUGAUAGGUGUUUCCAGUCCCCUUGUUCCCUUGUUGCCCAGUUCCCCAGCCUCGGCCCUCCUCAGCCCCUUCAGUUCCCUUCUCUUUGUUGAUUAUUGAUUAUGUUUUGAUUCCUUUAUUUUAUUUUCAGAUUUUUUAUUUUCUCUCUCUCUCUCUCUCUCUCUCUCUCUCUCUCUCUCUCUCUCUCUCUCUCUCUCUCUCGCUUCUACAGGUCAUUCAAGCAGGCCACCUCCUCCAGGGGCUCCAAGUUCCUAAUGUAAACACCAUUCUUCCCUCCUCCUCCUCCUCCUCCUCCUCCUCCUCCUCCUCGGGGCACCAGCAUCUCGUCUGUGGUUGUCUAUCACAUUCCCACAUCGCCCCUUAUUCUUUCUCAUCUCCCUACAUCUCCUCCUACGCUCCUUAUUUCCUCCUCCUCCUCCUCCUUCUCCUCCUCCUCCUCCUCCUCCUUCAAAAGGUCCAUUGCUGUUUAUUUUCCUUUAUAUUCUUUUGUGUUAUUCUUUUUGCUCCUCCUCCUCCUCCUCCUCCUCCUCCUCCUCCUCCUCCUCCUCCUCCUCCUCCUCCUCCUCCUCCUCUCUUCCAUUUACUAGUUAAUUACCUUACACUCACCCUUGUUCUUCCUCCUCAUCUUUCCCUUCCAACUGUUCCCUACUUCUCUCUCUUCCCUCCUCCUCCUCCUCCUCCUCCUCCUCCUCCUCCUACUCCUCCUCUUCUUCUUCCUCUGUUGUGAUCCACCUAACCGCAGAAGUGAAAGAGGGGCAGAAUGAAGGGGAGAUAACACCCCUUCCUAUUCCUCCUCCUCUUUCUCUUCCUCUCUCCAACCUUUUCCUCUUCUUUCUCCUCUUCCAAGCUCUCCCUCACCGCUCCCUCCGCUUCCUCCCUCUUCCUCCUCCUCCUCCUCCUCCCUCCCCCCAAAAAAAAUGUAAGGGGGGGAACUAAUCCUCCCAGACUUUGAUUAAUUAAUUCCUGAACACAUCGUCUGUUGCGUAUUAAUGUAUAAAGAUAAAAUAUAAUGUGCGUCCCGUGUGUGUGUGUGUGUGUGUGUGUGUGUGUGUGUGUGUGUGUGUGGAUCGGGUGUGCGUGAGUGUGCGUGUGUAUGUUUUGUUUUUGUAUACAUACGUACACUUAGGAAGAGAAUUAUAAAAGGGAAAGAUGAAGAAAGAAGGAGAAAAAAUAAGUGGUAAUUUGUUGAAGUGAUGAUAAGAAAAAUUGAAUGAAAAAAAAUCAAAGAGGAAUUAUUUGAAACGUGGAACAAUGUCAUAGUGUAAUAAUAGUAAUAAUAAAGUGUAGAGUAGAGUGUGUGUGUGUGUGUGUGUGUGUGUGUGUGUGUGUGUGUGUGUGUGUGUGUGUGUUCUCCAUGAUGUGAUAAUAGGUGUGUACGUACAUGCGUGUAAAGUAUAUGUGUGUAUGUACGUACAUUUGUAUGUAUGUAUGUAUGUAUGUAUGUAAGGGAACACGUGUAUGCUUAUUCGUGUAUGUAUACCGUGUACGUGUACUGUACGUGUGCGUAUUACUUGCUCCCUUCACGGUUCCGUUCUGGCGUCUGUGUAUACACGUGUCCCUGUGUGUGUGUGUGUCUGUGUGUGUGUGUGUGUGUGUGUGUGUGUAUGUACAUGUCUGUGUACGACUGAUUUCUGUGGUCUUGUUGGUCUGCUAGCUUCCUCCUCCUCCUCCUCCUCCUCCUCCACCUCCUCCUCCUCCCUAAAAUUCACAUAUCAAGGUUUCUGGCCACCUUCCCCUCCCUUCUCUCCCCCUCCCCUCCUUUCCCUUCCCCCCCUCCCCAGGCCAGCUCCUCCCCCCUAUGGAUAUAUCUGUAACAUAUAACUUGUAAAUAUUAAUUGCAAUGUUGAUAUGGUUGUUAGUACAGCUUCCUCCCUCUCCUCACCCCCCUCCACUCUUCCCCAUUACAUACACACACACAUACUCCCCCUCUCCCCACCCUCCUCCUCUCACUCCUCCCACACUCUCCCCCUCACACUCCCUCCCUCUCCCCUCCCCUUCCCCCCAACACGACUCUUACGUGGUUAAAUGUGCAUAUAUAUAUUAAAGAGAUACAUUUAUAUAACAUAACGUAGAGUGAUGCUGUGACAAUAAAAAGUAUUAAGUUAAA